AUGUUUACCAACAUUUUUAGUAAAGCGCACGAGCUUGACAACAUCAUGAAACAUGUGCCAAAGCUAGGUCCCGCAACCAUGGCUCACUGUAUUAGAGUUUUGCAUGGCCAAGGUAGCAGGACGAGGACAGCACUCGUGGAAAUUCAAAAAAGAUGCUUCAGCGUGUCUCCCCUCACUGCCGCUGCGGCUCAGGUGGCUAUGUCGAAGUUCGACAAGGUUCCCUUGCCCUACGAAAAACUGACAAAAAAUUUAGAGAUUGUAAAGAAGAGGUUAGGUCGUGACUUGACCUUGUCAGAGAAAGUGCUUUAUUCUCAUCUGGAUGACCCAAAAGGACAGGAAAUUGAACGUGGCACCAGUUACCUUCGUCUCCGACCAGACCGUGUUGCCAUGCAGGAUGCCACAGCUCAGAUGGCCAUGUUGCAAUUCAUUUCCUCUGGAUUACCAAGAGUGGCUGUUCCAUCUACUAUUCAUUGUGACCACUUGAUUGAAGCACAAACUGGUGGUAAAGAGGAUUUGGCUAGAGCUAAGGAUAUCAAUAAAGAAGUAUACAAAUUUCUUGAAACUGCUGGAGCUAAAUAUGGUGUCGGUUUCUGGAAGCCCGGCUCUGGUAUCAUCCAUCAGAUCAUUCUCGAAAACUAUGCCUUCCCUGGUCUCCUUAUGAUUGGUACUGACUCCCACACACCCAAUGGUGGUGGUCUAGGAGGUCUUUGCAUUGGUGUCGGUGGUGCAGAUGCUGUUGACGUAAUGGCUGACAUUCCAUGGGAACUGAAAUGCCCGAAAGUUAUUGGUGUUAAACUUACAGGUCAACUCAAGGGCUGGACAAGUCCCAAGGAUGUAAUCCUCAAAGUCGCCGGCAUUCUCACGGUGAAGGGCGGUACUGGCGCCAUCGUUGAAUAUCACGGACCUGGUGUAGACUCCAUCUCUUGUACCGGAAUGGCAACAAUUUGCAACAUGGGUGCUGAAAUUGGUGCUACUACCAGUGUGUUCCCCUUCAACUCCCGUAUGGCGGCGUACCUGAAGUCCACCGGACGCCAUGACAUCGCCGUAGCCGCUGACUCCUACAAGAACUUGCUCACGCCCGACCCGAAGGCGCCUUAUGACCAGCUUGUCGAAAUCGACCUUUCAACCCUGGAACCUCAUGUCAACGGUCCGUUCACCCCUGAUCUAGCCAACCCCAUCUCCAAGUUAGGGGAAGCAGCGAAGAAAAACGACUGGCCCGUAGACAUCCGGGUGGGACUCAUCGGCUCCUGUACAAACUCCUCGUACGAGGAUAUGGGUCGCUGUGCUAGCAUUGUUAAGGAGGCACUCAGCCACGGUAUAAAGUCCAAGAUCCCGUUCAACGUGACGCCCGGCUCGGAGCAGGUGCGCGCCACCAUCGAGCGCGACGGUAUCGCACAAACACUACGCGAUUUCGGUGGCACUGUGCUAGCCAACGCAUGUGGACCAUGCAUCGGCCAAUGGGACCGUAAGGACGUGAAGAAGGGUGAGAAGAACACCAUAGUGACGUCAUACAACAGGAACUUCACCGGCCGCAACGACGCCAACCCCGCCACCCACUGCUUCGUCACCAGCCCUGAACUUGUCACCGCACUGUCUCUUGUUGGCCGCCUGGACUUCAACCCGGUGACGGACGAGCUGACCGGCGCCGACGGCAAGAAGUUCAGGCUGUCCGACCCCUUCGCGGACGAGCUGCCCGCCAAGGGCUUCGACCCCGGACAGGACACCUACGAGCAUCCGCCCGCUGAUGGCACUAAAGUGCAAGUGGACGUAUCUCCCACCUCCGACCGCCUCCAACUCCUGGAACCCUUCGACAAGUGGGACGGCAAGGACUUGAGUGACAUGACCAUCCUCAUCAAGGUGAAGGGCAAGUGCACCACCGACCAUAUCUCCGCAGCCGGGCCUUGGUUGAAGUAUAGAGGGCAUUUGGAUAACAUCUCCAAUAAUAUGUUCAUUACAGCAACAAACGCGGAAAACAACGAGCUGAACAAAGUGCGCAACCAGUCGACGGGCGAGUGGGGACCCGUGCCCGCCACCGCGCGCGCGUACAAGGCGGCCGGCGUGCGCUGGUGCGUGGUGGGCGACGAGAACUACGGUGAGGGCUCCAGCCGCGAGCACGCCGCGCUCGAGCCCAGGCAUUUGGGUGGAAGGGCCAUCAUUGUCAAGAGUUUUGCUAGAAUUCACGAGACCAAUCUGAAGAAGCAAGGUCUCUUGCCUAUGACAUUUGCAAACCCCGCCGACUACGACAAGAUCAAACCCGACGACAAAAUCUCCCUAUUGGGUCUCAAGGACUUAGCACCUGGAAAGCAAGUGGAGUGUGAGAUCAAACACAAAGACGGUAAAACUGAACGCAUUAAGUUGAACCACUCACUGAAUGAACAACAAAUCUCCUGGUUCAAGGCUGGCUCCGCCCUCAACAGAAUGAAGGAAAUCGCCCUCGGAAAG